CUCUCUGCGUUCACCUGAGGGAUGUUUUGUCUUCCGAGGCGUUUUGUUCUCUGGCCGAUCAGGAUCCGAGGCGUUCAUGAGAACGUUCCGCCAGGAUGGACAGGAUACGUAUGUGGCUCAGGAGGUAGAGCGGUGUCGGCUGGUAACCGCAAGGUCGCUAGUUCGAUCCCCGGCUCCUCCUAGACUGUCGAGGUGUCCCUGAGCAAGACACCUCACCCUGACUGCUCCCGACGAGCUGGCUGUCGCCCUGCAUGGACAUGAAUGGGUGAAUGUUAGGCAAUAUUGUAAAGAGUUUGAGGAGCCACUGGUUACAAAACAGUGCAAUAUAAAUUCUGUCUAUUUGCCAACACAAGAGUCCUUUUAAAUUGUAUUUUCUCACCACUCUUUCCGUAGUCGCUGUUUUUUGUCCUCUUUUUUCCAUUACCGGGUAAUUGAAUUUCCUCUGUCCAAUAGUAUCUGCCUUACAUCGCUCCACUGGUUUCUCUACUAAACCCGAGUACGUUUGAAUAAAAUACUCAGUGUUUACCGGCAAAUCAAAUCUGCUUUUAUAAUCUCGUUCUCCCAAUUCCUGCCUGAGGAUGUUUAUGCUUUCACAUAUUUUACUGAACAGGAGCUCACUCUGUUGUUCUCUGCGCUAAUGUGCAAUGUGCAUCGGUACUUGCACUCUGCACUGUGCUCUCUGCGCCUUAGAGAUUAUGUAAAAAAAAACAUGAUGCAUUUAUUUAGCAUUUCUCUACAGGAACAAACAUGCUCUGUGCACUCUGCACUGCACUGCGCAGCAAUUCUGUGAUUAACCUGCUGCUGGCCACGCCCCCUUACUAUGCUCCUCGCCCUGGCGCAGGCGGACGACAUCGGGCAGUCGCCGACCGUGCCCGCCACCGACAGUGACAAGGUGGACCUGGAGGCGUUCAGCGAGUUCACCAAGAUCAUCACCCCCGCCAUCACCCGCGUGGUGGACUUUGCCAAAAAACUGCCCAUGUUCUCAGAGCUGCCCUGCGAGGACCAGAUCAUCCUGCUGAAGGGCUGCUGCAUGGAGAUCAUGUCGCUGCGCGCCGCCGUGCGCUACGACCCCGAGAGCGAGACGCUGACGCUCAGCGGCGAGAUGGCGGUGAAGCGCGAGCAGCUGAAGAACGGCGGGCUGGGCGUGGUGUCGGACGCCAUCUUCGACCUGGGCAAGAGCCUGGCGCAGUUCAACCUGGACGACACGGAGGUGGCGCUGCUGCAGGCCGUGCUGCUCAUGAGCUCAGACCGCUCGGCGUUGACCUCCGUGGACAAGAUCGAGAAGUGCCAGGAGACGUACCUGCUGGCCUUCGAGCACUACAUCAACUACCGCAAGCACAACAUUCCCCACUUCUGGCCCAAGCUGCUGAUGAAGGUCACGGACCUGCGCAUGAUCGGCGCCUGCCACGCCAGCCGCUUCCUCCACAUGAAGGUGGAGUGUCCCAACGAGCUCUUCCCCCCGCUCUUCCUGGAGGUCUUCGAGGACCAGGAGGUGUGACCGGGCGGCGGCGGCGGCGGCGGCGGCGGCGGCGGCGGCGGGGGGGGGGGUGUCCCGGGAGCCGGCGGAGCAGCUGGAGGGGUUUUCUAAAGGAGGAACCGAGAGCCGAACUUUCUUUUUCCAUUUCACGUUCUAUCAGGAGUUAGGGCGGCACGGACGAACAGCGAAACACACCAGCAGCCAGAGUGCCCCGACACACACACACACACACACACACACACACACACACACACACACACACACACACACACACACACACACACACACACACACAAACCUCUCUCUGUUUGUUUUGUUUUGUUUUUGGAAACGCGCACACAGACGCGCGCGUACAUAUACACACACUCCUCCACCCGUCGAUCCGGCUUCCCGUUAGCCCCCGUUACCCCCGGUGAGGGGCCUCUGUAGGUGGCCCAUCUACGGGUCACUCCUGUAGAGACCCUGCGUUAGGGACCCCUCUUAGGGGCCCCGUGUCUUAUCUGGUGAUCGCAGCCAUUUGCCAAGACGCACACGUCUACAAACACACACACACGCACACACGCAAUGUCACAGGUGCGAACAAACACGCAUAGCUGCAACAUUUCGACUCUAGCAGGGGGGGGUUUCCCUGCAUGGAGUUAUGGGGGGUUAA